AUGCACCAUCAUGAGACUUUGAACAUUCUAUCACCUCCAACGGCUGGAUUCUCGUUACAUCUUGUUGACGACGCUUGGAAGCAGAGUAAUACGCCUUUGAACAGUCCAUACUACGUAUUUCCAGUACCAUGACUCUAAUAUUACUCGCUCGACUAACACACACCUUCCCCCCUGAUAUUACAAGCUAAUAAAGAAAUCUGAAUGGCACUAGCGGGGUUGACAACUUAUCGAAACUUGUAAGGGAAGCUAGAGAGAUGGGGGUCGCUAAUAUCUCAAAGGUACGCGGCGUCGUAAAAGCUAACAGUGAAUUACAGAAGCUACCUCGGGAAGCCAGGGAAUUCGCCUACUUGUACAUCAAGGGUAUUCGUGACGACACAGACAAGGGAUGGAAAUUCGUGGAGAGAUGUGCCAACAAGGCACUAAUGAUCCGACAGUGGGGCGCGGUUAUGAGCCGGCCUGACAACAGCCCGGACUGGACUUGUUUGCUGUCGAAUUAUCUGCUGCUUUCGAAUCAAAACUGUACGUUCGAUAUAAAUCUUUGUGAAGACAAAAUUCCCCUUGCUAUAGUAAAUUUAGUUCGCUCGGUCUAG